AUGACCGGAGGACGUGGAACUCCGGGGUACACCACCCCCGAACUCUGGCUACCUCUCCCGGUUUCACACAAAUGUGAUGUUUAUAGUUUCGGUAUGCUACUCUUUGAGAUCAUCGGAAGAAGGAGGAACAUGGACGUGCGUCUUGGUGAUAGUCAACAGUGGUUUCCAAUAUAUGUAUGGGGGAAAUAUGAAAAGAAAGAGUUGAAUGAUUUGAUGUAUAGACCGGAGAUUAGGCCGACGAUGAGGAUUGCUGUGAAAAUGUUAGAAGGUGUGUUACCGGUGCCAGAGUCUUUAAACCCGUUUUCGCAUUUGUUCUCUAGUGUUGAUGAAGCUGAUCAUUCUUUGGCUCGGUUGGCGUGGAAUGGUGGUGGUUCUGAUUGGUCUUCUUCUGAUAAGUCUAGUGUAGUCGCAAAGACACCUCUGAUGAGGAGAUAUGAGAUCACAAUGGCCUCGGGUGUAAAUGUGUAA